AUGGCAAUGCAAACCAACCCUGGCACGACUCGGACUCCGAGCCUCACAGCCCGCAUGGGACUCGCUUGCUACAAAUGCUGCAAAGAAGAAGACGUGAAACUGUCGAGAUGCACGGGCUGCCUGAGAAUUUCGUACUGCAGUCCACGUGCGUCGCCUGUCUCCCGUCGUUUGGUGUCUCUACCCGCUCUGCUGACCUCUUUGCACAAAGAAUGCCAGAAGGACGACUGGCGCACCCACAAGCCCUUCUGCAAAGCAGUCAGCAGCAUCGAAAAGAACCCGGUCGCAUUACCGACGCUCUUGUCUGAGGCCACGACGGAUCUUGAAGCUCUACGUGACCUUGGAAAGGCUCACGGAAAUUACAUGACAUCGUCUCUUCAAAGGAGCCUGGGCCGACCAUUGGAGGCUCCAGAGCUGAGUCUGGUUGGAUGGGAACCGAGAUGUAUGGGAUGUACCCGCACUGAGCAACGUCUCCGCAUUGAAGCUGCUCAGAACGGAUCGACAUCGACAUCAGCGUCCAGUGCACCCCGCCUGAUCCCCUGUCCCGCGUGCAACCUCAGCUUCUGCUGCUCUGCUGCGCACUGGUCAAUCGCCCACGCCAUGCAUAACGCAGUCUACGAAGAUGGCCCCGAUGGGCUGUCACAAUGUGCGCUCAAUCAACAGAUUCGUGGAGAUGUCAACUUUGAGAAUACCAUGAUUAGUACGGGGCACGAUUCCAAUGGAUUGUUCGUGUGGGCUCCCGAGCGUCUGUGUCCGGCAUUCCGAACGCUCGCGGGAGCCGGGGGCUGGGAGCAGGAAUUUGGGGAGAUGAUGCGCAAGGAUGUGGGUAUUCCUUCUCACCGUCCGAUGGGCCCGUGGAUUCGUGCAAUGUCCGUUCAUAUGUCGAUGCCUAUGACGAUUCUGCAUGUGCUUGAGACGUUCAAUGGAGAAGAUCUCGGGUGGACCAAGAGAAAAGAGUUGACCAUUCAUCUCCUCGGAGCGUUUACGAACGAGAUCGUGGGUGGGAUGGUUUUCGAGGAAAUAUUACAUUGGUUGCCUGAGCUUCAGACUCUCAAGUUGGUGCUAUGCGGCCCACAGAUGCCAGGGGGUGCGUUUCCACGCGAAAUUCCUAUGGGAACUUGCCCUAAGUGCUCGAAACGCGGACGAAAGCGGAUACACGAGCACACUGCUGACACCUAUCAUUCAUACGUUCGCAAACAAGGCACAAAAUAUACACGCCCUGACCUCGCCAUUGCAUUCAAUUCGGGAGCGUCGCAGGAAUCCCUCCACACUUGGCCUGAAACUUUCAAAGUGCUGAUCAACAAGAAGGUACCCUCAGUGUUUACGGUGAGUGGCGUCUGAACUGUCGUCCAUGACUUUGAUCGAUGUUCGAACGAACAAAAGGCUUAUAACAAGGAAGAAGCCGAAGGCGAGGCGGCGCUUUUGCGUGAAGCAGGAGCGAAAUUGAUUCCAGAACUUGGACCGUGCACGAAUCCAUGGGCGAGUAUGAAGCUGAUUCCGGAGCCAAAUCACGUGUAUGGUCAUUCUGCCGUGAAUGGAUGGUUCGCUGGGGGAUUCAAGUCUUGAUGAAAGGAUGAUUAAUCAGUAGUUGCAUUCAUUAAAUACCACUUCCUCAGAUCCAUCACUGAAUGGAGUAUCUUUUGGACAUCCUACACAAUCUGCUUCGUUUCAAGUGCACAGGCUCAGUGCCGGUCAAUCGUUGAUGCGUCGGUGUCACGCGUGGCCAUGCAAACGAUGGCAUCACCAUCACCCACCGGUCCAAGUCUGACCCUUUGCUGUCCUAUCAUCUCCCCGCUGAUAGAAUGCCCAUCCUGCUCUCCUUCUGCGAUUUCGAGAUCCCAGAAAAGCGACGGAAAGCGCUCCGGAAAGCCAUCGCCCAGCACCACACAGAAGCUACAGCAUCCAGUUCCGUCAUCAACAGCCUGAGACCCAUCUCCGUACUUUCGCGUAUCGUGCACGUCCACACCUUCGCGAGCGGUCGCUCGACUCAGUCCAGGGAUGCACGCUCGUGUUCAUGUGCCACGCCCAUAUACAGGCUGGUCAUGCAGGAGCAGACGCUUUGGCAUAUGCCGACGCCGCACACGAGUACUGGUCUCACCGAAGACACUUCCUGCCGUACCAGAGCCCGAGCGCGCCGGCACUGCUCCAUCGGAUGUGCACGCGCAUGCGUAUACUAGCCGGGCACAGAACCUCUCAUUCAAGCUCGACGCGCUCAUGUCGAAGGCGUGCGGGAGCAGAUUUAGGAGAUUACGGUUGGGCUGGUCGCGUCUGAAUGCGUGAAGCUUGUCUGGGCUGGUUGAAGGCGACCGGGAGCUGCCGGACUUUGGGCCUUUGGGCAUCGACGGGAGUGAGAAACAGGGAGGGAAACCGGGGGUACGGUUGCCGCUCUACCAACUGCUCGCCUGGGUGGGCGGCAUCGAUGCCGACGGAUCUCUGUCUGCGAGACUUUCCGGUCGACUUCCCCGCAGCCCAGGGACUGACUCGACUCGACAUCGCCUCAUACCUCUUCCGAUCCGUCCGGCUCCACGACGUUGUCUCAACCGCUGUCCACCUUCCAGGCCUGUCCGGAUCUCGAAGUUCUCAGGCUCAGAACGAACGCUCUAUCUGCGUCAGUUGGGGUGACACGCCCAACUGCUAGGCUCCCCAAAUUCGAGUUCCUGUAGAUUCAAGAGGAAAUCGUCACCUCCGCGAACCUUUUGACGCAAUCGAGCCUUCAUCCAAACACGCGCCUACACAUCUUGGACUUUGGGGUGUUCCGCGGUGUAGAUAUUUCAGAUCUGCUCUUUCCCAUACGCAAACGCGAAUUCUGGCGCACCCAAUUUGCGGGCACUCAGCAUCCCACCGUAUGUCAACGAAGACGGCCGACGUUUCCAUCUAAGCAUUCGCGCAUUCAUAUCUUCUGCGACGAAGAUUGACACGGAUCUUGUGCAGCUGGGGCUCAUCAUUCAUCACGCUAAUGAAGCUGCCCUUUGCUCGAUCUUGACGAAGAGCCUCAAGACGUUUCCGACCAACGACAUGACCUACCUCGACGCACGGGUAGAUGGCCAGUCAACAAUCAAGUCCUGGAAGACGGCACUUAAGCUCUUGCCCGCUCUGGAAUCUAUCUCCCUUUUCGCUCUGUGCUGAAUCUUGCUCCUCCGCCCGAUGCUGUGCGGCUUGGGCCGCGUCCUCAGGGUAUCCUUGACUCGUCUGCAGAGGAAUGCGUCGGAUGGCGGACUUGAUUCCGUCCUCCUCGAUGGCCGCAAAGAAGGACAAGGCACCAUCGUUGUGCUCUGGGUUUUUCGUCGGUCGGCAAGAUGUUUGAGCGUAGGCACGAGUUGAAGGAGGUGCACGUCGAUGAUCAGCUCUCGGAGGUCAAGCGGAAACGCGAGUCGUGGGACUGGUUGUAUGCCCUGGUGAAGAAUCUCAAGGAGUGGGAGGAACGAUGUCUAUCCCGACAGUAUCGCGCACUAUCCAAUCAUUGGAGGAAACAGCGGAGAGAGCUCUUCGAGAGGAUCGCAGCUUCCUGAGCGAGCUGCGAUCCUUAUGAAGAGUACGGUGGUUUUUGGGUGCAAAGCACUGAUUGUACACAGAAUCCCAGAGCUAGUUGAUGCCUAAUUUACCGCUGCGCGAUUCAUGUAUGUCGUCCUAGCGACCGGUGACGCAUCACUGGCCUGAUCCGACCCCCCUGCCUUGCAAAAUUUGCCAUGGCCCUGUGUCAGAGCGCACGGUUGGCUGGGAUCGCACCGGCGAUCCAAAGGUCCUUUGAAGCCCGGCCUUACAUUCACCUUCUUCCCUUCGAGUGCAUGUACGCUCCACCAUGCCGCGUUACCACCACCCACGAUGCCGACGCAUUCGGCUUUGGGGGAGAUGAUCGGAGUCAGAAUGCUUAACGCUUGCUCUCCAACGAGUGUAGGACGCGCUUUUGCAUGGGUCUGGCUUUCAUCCCCGCUAUCUUCUCUCGUUGCAGGGCGGGAACCUGAGCCCCGAUACCCGGCACUGCGUUGAGCACGGACUGGCGACUCGAGAGGGCAUGUGGAUCGAGGGCGCGAGGGGCAGCGAAUGUAUUAUAACAUGGGCAUCAUUUGUUUCGGACGGGCGAGGGUAAGCCACGAGCCUCGACUUGGCAUGCGUAGGGUGCUGUAAUGGGGUGAAAUCUCGGUUGUUGGACAUUUGAUAUGCUUAUAGGAAGCGCCGUACGUUGUCCUAUUAUCCGUAGUUCUGUCGGGCUAUCGGACUCGGGUAUCAGGUGAGGUAAACACCGUCGAACUGCUCUCGUUAUCCCUUGAGCUCAAAGCUCAGCCUUCUCUUCAUGCACUCGGAGCCAAGCCCCACAGAAGGACUGUGAAAUACGAGCGCAACCAACGACAUUCUGCAGAAAUGACAAUCAGAGCGCCGCCACCGCGCCUUCCAUUGCGUGGGCCGAGGAUGGAAGGAAUGGAAUGUUCCGUCGUCCGCGGCGAUGUGUUGCAUAUGCCCCUUUGCUUCGCGCUUUAUAUUCUCGAACGGCACAGGAUGUAUGGAUUCGCCUACGAUCUCACUCGACGCUUUUGGGUGAACGAAGAAGGCGUCCACACCCGGGGUGUCAUCAAUUAGCUAUACAGGCUCGAAUAUCCGGGUUGUACGGUACUCCGCGCUGUUUGGGUUGUGUGCGGUGGAACAGUAGUGGUAGGUGAGUUCUUCUCCCAAAGCUUGAUCGCGACCCCUUCCUCCAAUCUCGUUUCGCGGUGCACGGCAUGAUGGGGGAAGCCAAAGACUGAGCCCAUUUGUGCUUGGGUUUUGGCUUUGGCUUUCUUCAUUCUCCUGCUGUGUUGCUCCUCUCCACCGGAGGAUUGGUUGCUACUACCGCUGCGCUGCCUUCUUACUGCUGCGAGAGUGCUUCCUGGCCUGUCGGGAUCGCUCGGGCUGUAGCUAGUUAUAAAGCUGCCUGUGCCUGGCUCUCGCUUUUCCCGCCUCCAUCCGAACCCGCCGCCCUAUCCGCCGGGCUCUCCUCUUCCCCCCUCUCCUCUCCUCUGCCCGCCCAGCAUUAACCUCCGCCACUCUGUCGUUCCCACAGAUCAUCCCGAUGGCCGAUUUUGAAAAAGGCGACGACGACACGAUGUCGUGGCAGCAUUGCAAUCCGUCGGAUUUCCGGCACUCGCUCGACGGCACCGUCAAGGCGACGACGACCGCAUCCCAUCUCGCCAGCUCAUCGUAUCACCUCAACCACUCGCCGCAGUUUCCCGAAGGAUGCGCACAGGGCUAUUUGACCGUGUUUGGAGCCUUCGUAGCGCUGUUUUGCACGUUUGGACAGAUGAACACGUUCGGCACGUUCCAGGCCUGGUACUCACAGCAUCAGCUCAGUGCGCUGGAGCCGUCGACUAUUGCGUGGAUUGGGUCGCUGCAGCUGUGGAUAUUCUUCUUUUCGGGCGGACCAAUCGGGCAGGUGUUCGAUGUGUAUGGCCCGCGGUGGAUCAUGCUUGCGGGGACAGUGAUCUAUGUGCUGGGGAUAAUGUUAACGAGCAUCUCGACGCAGUAUUACCAAUACUUGCUGGCACAGGGCAUUCUUUUUGGGCUGGGUGUUGGCUUGAUGUUCUAUCCCUCUUUGUCGAGUGUGUCGACAUACUUUUGCAAGUAUCGCGCCACAGCCCUCGGUGUAGUUGCCUCCGGCUCGAGUCUAGGUGGCGUGAUGUAUCCAGUUAUGCUGCAGCGAUUGUUCGAACGCGUAGGCUUCGCAUGGGGCGUCCGGAUCUCGGGCCUGAUAAGUGGCGCACUAUGUUGUGUGGCUUUGGCCACGGUCACACGCUAUGCACCUCCAAAACAGCGCGGGGCUGCCUGCCGGGUCAAAGACACUUUGCGCGAUGGUCGGUUCAUGCUGCUCGCGGCAGGGAGCAGUUUGGUCGCUCUUGGUCUUUUUGUCCCCUUCUUUUUCAUCGUCGACUAUGCGCACGAUCUCCACGUUCCCGAAAACAUGACAUUCCCCGUGCUGGCAGUCAUGAACGCUGGUGGCGUUAUCGGCCGAAUCGCCCCAGCUUAUCUCUCUGACACUUUCGGCCGAUUCAACUUGCUCAUCCCCGCUGCUUUUCUCUCCGGUGCACUCUCCGUGUUCUUUUGGCUCUUUGCCCGGUCGCUGGUCUCCUUAAUGUUGUUCGCGGCUGCGUAUGGCUUCACAUCCGGUGCCUUCAUCUCGGUGAUUACACCCUGUGUCGCUCAGAUAUCGGAUAUCAGGCAAAUUGGGAGCCGCAUCGGGCUAUUGUAUACUAUCAUUUCGUUCCCAUCCCUCGCCGGCGGGCCAGCAGCCGGGGCCUUGCUCCAAGCGGGUAAGGGCUCCUACACCGGCACGAUUCUGUUCUCGGGAAUCGCCGUCAUGCUCGGGUCAUUUGUCAUCCUCGCCGCGAAACUCAAGAUUGAUUCGAGAAUAUUCGCGCGCGUCUAAUGUAGAAGUUGCUCAUCACGAUUACGCAAAGUCAAAGCCUCUCCGCCUGCCAGGGUCGACGCGAGCUUGCGCCUACCUCUAAAUAACGCUGUGCUGGCGGUGAAUGGCUGUUAUGCUUAUUACGACUCGGCGGGCUACGCCCUCGAGAUGUGGCGGUCGGGGCUGGCGGCACUGUGGAUCCUUGCCUCUGAGAUGUAUAAUGUACAUUAUGAAGGACCUCAUGUUCAAUUGAUUGCAUGCAUGCAUUGACUCAUCUUCCACGCACAAACCCGUCAUCACUCGUGAGCCU